GCAGCCAUAAUUGCAGCACUAGCAGCAGCAACCUGCAACCACUUUGCAGCCACAUCAGCGCGAAAUGCAGCAGCAGCAACAACCGUCCAUCGACCAGCUGCCCGAGCCCACAGCUUCGACCAGCAAUUCGGCAGCAACUAAGCCGACAACAUCAGCAACAACGACAACAUCUGGCAACAACUUCCACCAGCAACUGCAAGCAACAACGGCAGCCACCAUGCAACGCCUGCGUACAACCUUCACGCGUUCUCGCACUCCCACAGGUGCCGAAAUGAAGAUGCAGAACAGUCUGGAGGUGCCCAAGCAGGUAAAAAAGGUGCGCUCAGCCUCCUUCGACGAGAUGCAACUGGAGUCGCAGCGUGCCUCCUCUAGUCUGCUCAAGCAGCAGUCCUCAUCCUCGGCCUCGGCAGACGAACGCUCCUCGGAGGCUGGCUUCUUGCAGGUUCCAUUGGCGGCCCAUCAGCAAAGAUCCCAUAGCUUCGACUCGGCAACUGUCUCGGCGGGCAGCGAUGACUCGGGCACGUUUUUGGAGGUGCCCAGCCGGAUAAAGGUUCGGCGCAGUUCGUCCACCAAGACGCCGCCGCCUUGCAUCCAUUGUCACUAUCUGGAAGAGUAUGAGCGUCGGAUGACCGCCGAGCAGCGUUACUUCAUCGAUCAUCGCGAGCUGACGGCCUUGAGCUACAGCUAUACCAGUUCGGAGGCGAGCGAGGAUGAGGACGAAGUGGAGGGCAACAACGCGGAGGAAGAGGAGGAGGGCAGUGCUGCCAUAGAGGAUGCCGAGGAGGAAACCACUGAGGCGGCCACCGAGGAGGCGGAUGAAGAUCCCCGCACCGAGGUCGAGUCCGAGCACGAUCACGAUCCGGAUGAUGACGCUGCAUUAGAGAUGGACAUCCGCAUUGGCAACAUAAGCCAAGGCAGCAGCAUCGAGGAGUCGCGCGCCCGCCUACCGCGACAAAUGCGACGCCACACCAUCGGCAGCAGCUCGGUCACCUCGGCCUCCGAGGAUGAGGGCUUGGAGGGUUCGGACAAUGGGUCGCCGCAUUUCGGCAACACCUUGUUGCCACCGCAGCCGGCAACACCUUGUGGCAUAACCUUCACGCUGAGUCCAACCAAUGGGGAUUAUCCAUCACCGCCGCAUCUCCCCUUGGAUCCCGGUUCGCCGCCCAUUUCGCCGUGCUCCUCCAAUUCAGGAAGACUACCAGCAUUGACCCCGACAAUUUCCACGCCCUGCUCCUCUGCGGAUGCCGAUGAUGCUGGUGCAGCUAUGGGCUUGCCAGUCCGAGCCAGACGUCGCUCGAUUUCGCGACAGGAGGCAAUAUUCGUGGAGCCCACUGGCAACUCACUGGAGAACGUUUCCCAUGAGGAGGUGGAUAACAGCAACACCAAGUCAUCGGUGGACACGGCUGAUUCACUCGACGAGGCCUCGACCAUGGCCACAUGUGGCUCACCCGGAGCCGCCGGUGGCAGCGGUGCCUCCUCCUCCAGUCAUCACAACGCUUUUGUGGUGCGGGAUAUUUACUUAAUGGUGCCGGACUUGAAGCGAGAUCGCGCCGCCUCCGUGGAUUCGUGUUUCUCGAAGCUCUCGUCGAACGUCAAAACGGAGGAGCUGCAACCAAGUGCCGAUGGCUGCUUCCUCACCGUGCCGAAUAUAAACGCAACUCGAUCGCGAUCCGUGGACAUCGUGCUGCCAACUGACGAGCAGGCCAGAUACAAGGCUUUGUCCAUGACCGGAUCCACUGUCACCUACGCAGACGGGCGUACCGCUUCGGCCAGCAACUCCCGGAGACCCAUACGGAUUGUGCCCGAUUGGACGGAGAACGCCGUGCAGGGCGAGCACUACUGGAAGCCCACCUCCGCCUCCGGCGAUCUGUGCUGCCUGAAUGAGGAGUGCAUUAAAAGCGGACAGCGGAUGAAGUGCUCCGCCUGCCAACUGGUUGCGCACCACAACUGCAUUCCGUUCGUCAACGAGAAGAGCACCCUGGCCUGCAAGCCCACCUACCGGGAUGUGGGCAUCCGGCAGUACCGGGAGCAGACCACCACCCACCACCACUGGGUGCACCGCAAGCUGGAGAAGGGCAAGUGCAAGCAGUGCGGCAAGUUCUUUCCUAUGAAGCAGGCGGUGCAAAGCAAGCUUUUUGGGUCGAAGGAGAUUGUGGCUUUGGCCUGUGCGUGGUGCCACGAGAUCUACCACAACAAGGAGGCCUGUUUUAACCAGGCCAAAAUCGGCGAGGAAUGUCGUCUGGGCAACUAUGCGCCCAUCAUCGUGCCGCCAUCGUGGAUUGUGAAGCUGCCAACCAAGGGCAACUUCAAGUCCUCGAUACGCGUGAGCAACAAGAACAAUGCCGCAUCGGGAUCAGGAGCAGGAGGAGGAGGAGGUGGUGGCGCCGGAGGCGGUGGAGGCGGUGGUGGUGGCGGCGGCAAGAGCAAGAAGCAGACGCAGCGGCGGCAGAAGGGCAAGGAGGAGAAGAAGGAGCCGCGGGCGUUCAUUGUCAAGCCCAUUCCAUCGCCGGAGGUAAUCCCGGUCAUUGUCUUCAUUAAUCCCAAAUCGGGGGGCAAUCAAGGCCACAAGCUGCUGGGCAAGUUCCAGCACCUGCUCAAUCCUCGCCAGGUUUUCGAUCUUACGCAGGGCGGCCCCAAAAUGGGCCUGGACAUGUUCCGGAAGGCGCCCAAUCUGAGGGUCCUGGCGUGCGGCGGCGACGGCACCGUCGGCUGGGUCCUCUCCGUCCUGGACCAAAUCCAGCCGCCGCUCCAGCCAGUUCCGGCGGUCGGUGUCCUGCCCCUGGGCACCGGAAACGAUCUCGCUCGCGCUCUCGGAUGGGGAGGGUCUAUUUUCUUUCAGGGCUACACGGACGAACCGAUUGGGAAGAUAUUGCGCGAGAUCGGGAUGUCCCAGUGCGUGCUAAUGGAUCGCUGGCGGGUGAAGGUUACGCCCAACGAUGACGUCACCGAUGACCACGUCGAUCGCAGCAAGCCCAACGUCCCAUUGAACGUCAUCAACAACUACUUCUCCUUCGGCGUGGACGCGCACAUCGCCCUGGAAUUCCACGAGGCACGAGAGGCACAUCCGGAGCGCUUCAAUUCGCGCCUGCGCAACAAGAUGUACUACGGCCAGAUGGGCGGCAAGGAUCUGAUCCUGCGCCAGUACCGCAACCUCUCCCAGUGGGUGACGCUCGAGUGCGAUGGACAGGACUUUACCGGAAAACUGCGCGACGCCGGCUGCCAUGCCGUGCUCUUCCUCAACAUUCCCAGCUAUGGCGGCGGCACCCAUCCAUGGAACGACUCAUUUGGCGCCUCCAAGCCAUCAAUCGAUGACGGCCUGAUGGAGGUGGUGGGCCUGACCACCUACCAGCUGCCCAUGCUGCAGGCGGGCAUGCAUGGCACCUGCAUUUGCCAGUGCCGCAAGGCUAGGAUCAUCACCAAGAGGACCAUUCCGAUGCAGGUGGACGGAGAGGCAUGUCGCGUGAAGCCAUCGGUGAUCGAGAUCGAGCUGCUCAACAAGGCACUGAUGCUGUCCAAGAGGAAGCACGGACGCGGCGAUGUUCAAGUGAAUCCCCUGGAGAAGAUGCAGCUGCACAUCUUGCGCGUGACCAUGCAACAGUACGAGCAGUACCACUAUGACAAGGAGAUGCUCCGCAAAUUGGCCAAUAAGCUGGGCCAAAUCGAAAUCGAAUCUCAGUGCGAUCUGGAGCACGUGCGCAACAUGCUCAACACCAAGUUCGAGGAAUCCAUCUCAUACCCAAAGGUCUCGCAGGACUGGUGCUUUAUCGACUCCUGUACCGCUGAGCACUACUUCCGGAUCGAUCGUGCCCAGGAGCACCUGCACUACAUCUGCGACAUUGCCAUCGAUGAGCUGUACAUUCUGGACCACGAGGCGGCCACCAUGCCGCAGACUCCCGACCAGGAGCGCUCCUUCGCAGCCUUCUCGCAGCGGCAGGCACAGAACGAGAGGCGCCAAAUGGAUCAGGCCCAGGGCCGCGGCCCGGGCAGCACCGAUGAGGAUUUGCAAAUUGGCUCCAAGCCCAUAAAAGUGAUGAAGUGGAAGAGCAACAAAGAUCGUUUAUUCAGUUUCAACGAAGAUGUUUUUGGUUGUGGAUUCAGCCCUAUACUGGAGCAAACUUCCGAUGCCAUACUACUAGCAGCCCAGAGCGGCGAUCUCAAUAUGUUACGUGCACUACAUGAACAAGGAUACUCACUACAGUCAGUGAACAAAAACGGACAGACGGCGUUGCACUUCGCCUGCAAAUACAACCACAGGGACAUUGUCAAAUAUAUUAUCGCGAGCGCCACACGACGCCUCAUCAACAUGGCCGACAAGGAGCUUGGACAGACGGCGCUUCACAUUGCCGCCGAGCAGAAUCGCCGCGACAUCUGCGUAAUGCUGGUUGCCGCCGGCGCCCAUUUGGACACCCUAGACUCCGGCGGAAACACGCCCAUGAUGGUGGCAUUCAACAAGAACGCCAACGAGAUAGCCACCUAUUUGGAAAGUAAGCAGGGGACGCCGCCCGUCGAGUGCUGGCUCGACGACUAGACGAAUCGCAGGUCCCCUCCAAGUAGAGCAAACGCUAGACAAGCUUGCAACACAUCAGACAUCCAAUGAAAAUCAGAAAAUCCAACUAUCACCAGAAUAUACCAGAAUAUCAGUAAAUCAGUAAUCCAAAAACAAGAACGUAAUUUUAACAAUGCAAAUUUCUCCUUUCUAUGCCAACCAAACAAAACGAAAAACUACCAAAAUGGAUGAAAUGUCGUGUGAAUAACGGAACCGAAACAAACCGAAUCAAAUCAAUUCAAUUUAAACCAACAUUCCACAAAUCUCAAAACG